CUUUUGAAAGAUAGUGAAUGCCUUGGUUCCCAUUGUUUUCACUCAGAACAAUGAGACUGGUCGUCCUUGUGGGCUAGCUUGGCCUCAUUUUGAGGAUCGACGCCCAGAUGCUUGUGUUACUAGCAAUACAGACAGACCUCCAGAUAGCCAGACACGAAACGAAGGCUUACAGAACAAUGAGACUGGUCAUUCUUGUGUGCCAGCUUGGCCUCAUUUUGAGGACCGAUGCCCAGAUACCAGAUGCUUGUGUUACUAGCCCUACAAACAGACCUCCAGAAAACUCAGACAUAACUGUGAUUUGUGGCAAUGAGUAUAUGGACCUGAGCAUCUUCCUUUGCCCAGUGUACCAAGCUUCUUACAAUGAGUCUCUGAUGGUCCUCAAUAAUCAGAGUGACACACCUGAGUGUUUUGGGACUGCUGACUGGAGCGUGGAGCCACCAGUCUUAAAAUUCAGAUUCCCCGUAAACGGAAGUGGCAUUUCAUCCUGCAAUAGUAACUAUAAGCUAACCACUCAUGUAGGAUUCUUGAACCUCGCAUCCGAAUACUACUACAUCUCUGGCAAUGUUACCUUUAUAAACCUCCCUACCCUAACCUCUGCGGGUAGGAUCGCCAAUCACUCACAGAUCCUUUACGGCUACUCCUGCAUCUACCCGAUAUAUUUUAUCACGAACAGCGAUCCACUGGGCGUUCUUGUCAUCAGAGACAACAAUAGCAGCUUCAUCAGCACACUGAGUAUGAUGCUCUACAAAGAUAAACUGUACAGAGAGACGCUUACUAUGCCGCUAACAGGACUCAGCCCGAAGACCAGGAUUUAUGUUGCAGUUAAAGCUACCAAUCUAACAGACAGGUUCAACGUGCUGCUGCACAGAUGCUACGUAACAAAAAGUUCACAUCCCAAGCUCAACAAAUAUUUUGACAUCUUUGUAGGGUGUGACCGUUACGCACAAACUAAGGUGGAGCGCAAUGGGGACUCCCAGUGGGCUUACUUUUCCUUUGAGGCCUUUAGAUUUCCUGAGGACAAAUAUCGGACAGUUUCCACUUUCUACCUGCACUGCUCCACCAGUGUCUGCGAGGUGUCCUCGUGCAGCGCAUUAAAGUCUGACUGUGGUUCUUUCAUCAGCGGGUGGAGGAGAGAGGCCCCCUACAAGUCCAACUUUACAGUCACCUCGCCCCCCAUCGUUGUGGGCAACCUGAGCCCUGGACCGAGACCCACAGAUAUUCCCUCAUUCAAUCAGACUAAAGUUACGUCUUUCAAAAAUGGAACUUAUCCAUACCACUACUACGACAACGACGACUACGACAACUACGACUACGACAACUACAUCUACUACGACUACCACAACAUUUUUGAUGGUGGACUGUCCAUGAGCUGCUACAGCAGUCCUCUCACUGUGGUGGCCAUAGUUGUCUGCAAUGUCAUCCUAACUAUUUGUUUCUCUGUCUGAAAACCAGUCAGAGAAUGGAGUCCCUUCAUCUCUCUCUGUGACUCUCUUUAUCACCUAUAAUCUUGACUAUUUUGCAGAUGUAGUAAAAACAAGUCACGGGGAAAGUUGUCAGGACUAUCAAAAUGUAAUACUGUAGAAAACAAUGUAGUCAGCAAAAGUAGAAAAAAACAUAUUCUCUUUCUUAACCACCAGGGGGUAUAUGUCCACGUACUGUAGAUUUUGUUUUUGCUUUAUGCAAAUGUAUGUAUAUAUGUAUUAUUGGAAAUCAAUUAACAACACAAAACAAUGACAAAUAUUGUCCAGAAACCCUC